AUGAUCCACGCAGAGCUUGAUCGUCUCCAAUCAUGUUUGAACUUCGCACUCGAUACCCUCCGCAAAGAGAUGGACAGCUCUCAGCUUCCUCCUCUAAGCCAAUACAAUUCAGUAGAACACCCAUUGGAUGACCCAACAACCUACCUACCUAGUACAGCGUUGUUUGAGGCUCGCCGCCUUUCUCUAGGUGAGUCAACCUUGUACAGUGUCCCUUUGGAUAAGCGUAUGGAUGAGAGGCUCGCAGCGUACGUCGCUGUCUGCACCGACACCCUCAUCAAGACCGGUAUCAUCGACUACUUGUCUGACGUACCAAACCCCUCCAGAGGUGUCUCAGCCGCUGAACUGGCCUCGAAAUUUGAACUUGAUUCUCAAAAACUCGUUCCCAUUCUCCGUUGCUAUGCAGCCAAUGGUUGGGCUAGGGAGACCUGUGAUUCCUCAUUUGCUCUGAACAGAUGCUCGCGCACUUUCAUCAAAGGUCACCCAGGUUGGAGAUUGGGCCUUCCUACGCCUGGGUUUAUGACGAUGGUAGAAGCCGUACCACAUUGGGCAACAGAAUCAGAUUGGAAACUAUCGCGUUCCCCAACGCAGACUGCCUUUCAGAUCGCGUUCAAGACCCCCUUGCACCGAUUCUCUUGGAUUAUGCAGAAUCAAGGGACUGUCAUUUCAGUGUCGGAUCAUAUUCAAGUCAUCGGUGACAUGUCUACGCCGAGUAUCGUGGCAGACUACCCAUGGGAACAGUUAGAAACAUCCGUCAUCGUUGAUUGCGGAGGAGGCAUGGGCGGUCUAGUUUCGGCCAUCCUAGAUGCGCAUCCUUCCUUCCGAGCCGUCGUGCAGGAUACGGAGGGUAUUGUCUCACUGACCGAAGAACGCCGCCCUCGCCAUGUUGAAAGUGGUAUACUCAAGGUGGAAGUCCACGACUUUUUCCAGCCUCAGCGUCGGAUCGGAAACGAGUAUAGCUUUAUCCUGCGUCACAUAAUGCAUAAUUGGCCUGACAAAGAAGCGGCCAGUGUUGCUCGUCCCAUAUUCAUUAGCUCCAAAAUACUCAUCAUCGACAUAGUAGCUGUCCCGAACGCAGAUUCAACGAGCACCAAAUCAUUCUUACUGGACAGCCAUGCUAAUGAUCUCGACUAUAGUAUUCCAUCGCACUUUGGUUCAGCGUCUGAGCAAGUAAGCGCUGUCUCGGUGCAUAUGCUGACGCUGAUGAACGGUUGCGAGAGGUCUUUGCAUGAAUGGAAGACACUUGUGAAGGGAUGCGGGCUCCGCAUCACGAACGUUUACUCGCUGCGAGCUCACCCUUCCAUUAUUGAAUGUGCACUUGACACAUGA